AUGUCCUUUUUCGAGAAGCAGUCCGCCGCCUUCAAGGGCACGCUCGCGUCGGCGGCGUCGAAGCUCUCGAACCCGAUGAGCGUCAAGGCGGCCUCGCUCGCGCCGCCGUCGCCGUCACCGUCGGCGGCCUCGGACGGCGCGACGCCCACACCGACAGCGAAGCGCAAGCGCGAAGCGCACCCCGAGGUGUACUCGCAGCCGCAGCUGACGGGCUACGGCGUCGACGUCAAGUCGCACAUGAAGUUUGCCGUCGACUUCCUCAAGGCGCGCGGCGUGGCCAAGUCGAUGAAGGACAUCAUCGACCACCUGAGCGUGCGGGGCACGACCGACGAGCACAAGCAGGAGCUGGCCGAGGGCCUGCGCGGACACCCGCGCGUGGAGUGGCGGCCAGACACGAGCCUGAGCGAGCAGACGUGGCGCACCGGCAGCUACAACUACCGCCCGGUGGUGCCUGGCGUGACCGACGCCACGAGCCUGCUCGCGUUUCUGCAGCGCAAGUCGGACGCCUCGAGCCUCGCGGUGCGCGACCUCAAGGACGGCUGGCCCGAGUGCGAGGACACGCUGGCGCGCCUCGAGACGCAGCACCGGAUCCUCGUCACGCGCACCAACCGCGAAAACUUUCCGCGCCACGUCUGGCUCGACGACGCCUCGCUGCACCACGCCAUCCAGCCCGAGUUUCAGGCCAUGUGGCGCCGCGUGCAGCUCCCCAGCGUCGACGACAUGCACCGCAAGCUGUCGAGCGUCCAGCUCAAGCCCACGAGCGAGGACCCCCGCAAGAUGGCCGCGGCCGCCAACAAGCCCAAGGUGCAGAAGAAGCGGGCGAGCAAGCGCGGUGGCAAGCAGACGAAUGUGCAUAUGACGCACCUCCUGCAAGACUACAGCAACCUUCGCCGCUGA